AUCAAAAAGAAAACGUUCAUCGAUUCAUUUGACAGCUCUCGGCUGUGCUGUGUUUACAACGCGCGUUUGUUUACAUCGGUCGUUUGCCCCAGCGAAAAGUAUGCCGAUCGCGCGAUUCACCAACGAAACACACCCAUUCCUACAAUAAUGUCGCUAUUUCACGCAAAUGCUGGCCAGGCGGAGAUUAUACGCACCGUGCAGAAGGACCAGGAACACAUCGAGUACGUCCGCACAGCACUGAGCGAGGUGUUGCUGCUGCUCAGCCAGCGUCACUGGUUCCGGUACAAUGCGCUGUGCAAGCUGGUGGCAGAGGUGCUUUACCACCAUUACGCCAUCCUGCACAAUCUGCAGACGCUGGGCGAAGAGUACACCGGCAUCAUACAGGUGGACGCGAACUACGUGAUGCUGCCGAACAAGGCCCUGCAGCUGCUCGCCAUCCUGCUCGAGUACGGCGGGGAGCAUGUGGUCGACCGGGUGCUGACCUAUCUGCAGACCGAGAUCGAUCGGAGCGAGGAGCUGCUCGAGUCGGUCAAGACCGGCCUGCACAAGCUGAUUGACACGCUGCGCGUGGUGGUCCCGUACGUGCGCGGCUUCCACACCAGCCUGUUCUACAUCCACGGCGGAAAGUAUCACAUCUCGAAGCGCUUGACCGGCAUUAACUAUGUGCUGAUACGCAACUGGCUCAAGGAGGACCAUUCCGUCUACGGAUAUAAGGUGCUGGGGUACGUGACACUCACCCAGCUCGUGCUAGCGCUUGCCGCCCGCUACCAGCAGUACCGGUCGCAACCGAGUCAAGCAAAGGUGGUCGCCCCGUCGGUACGGUCGGCAGACAGUAGCCGGACAGCAUCGGGGACGCUGCCCGGGCGCAACUGUGCGCUCUGCAUGGACACAGCGCAGGCCAUCACCGUGACGCAGUGCGGCCACCUGUUCUGCUGGCAGUGCAUACUGCACUGGCUCGACCAGCGCCAGGUGUGUCCGAUCUGCCGCGAGUCGGUCAAGAAAACGCGCGUGGUUCGGUUGCAAAACUUUUCUGUCGACCCGGAACGCGCCAGCUAGCCGUGUGCAACGAACGCUCAAUGCAUGCUGAAGGGUUUUUAACACUUGAAAAGAGAUUAUUACGUUCCAAAGAAGCUACUUGUUAGGUAACAUGCUUUACGGGGUAGGAUACACUACAGGGAGUGCUUCGUGUGCAGCAUUCUGCU